UCUGGAGGCGCUAUGGAGGGGAGCCCCAUCCCGGUGCUGACGGUGCCCACGGCGCCCUACGAGGACCAGCGGCCGACGGGCGGCGGGGGGCUGCGGCGGCCCACCGGGCUCUUCGAGGGCCAGCGCAACUACCUGCCCAACUUCAUCCAGAGCGUCCUGUCGUCCAUCGACCUGCGCGACCGCCAGGGCUGCACUAUGGUGGUGGGCAGCGACGGCAGGUACUUCAGCCGUACGGCCACCGAGAUCGUGGUACAAAUGGCCGCGGCCAACGGGAUUGGGCGCCUAAUUAUUGGACAAAAUGGCAUCUUGUCGACCCCUGCUGUCUCCUGCAUUAUCAGAAAGAUCAAAGCAGCUGGAGGAAUCAUCCUAACAGCCAGUCACUUCCCUGGAGGGCCGGGAGGAGAGUUCGGGGUCAAGUUUAAUGUUGCCAAUGGAGGUCCUGCGCCAGACGUGGUUUCAGACAAAAUCUAUCAGAUCAGCAAAACCAUUGAGGAGUAUGCUAUAUGUCCUGACCUUCGCCUCGACCUUUCCCGGCUAGGACGUCAGGAGUUCGACCUGGAGAACAAGUUCAAGCCCUUCAGAGUGGAGAUUGUGGACCCUGUGGAUAUCUACCUUAACCUCCUACGGACCAUCUUUGACUUCAGUGCCAUCAAGAGUUUGCUGACGGGCCCUGGACAACUGAAGAUUCGUGUUGAUGCAAUGCAUGGAGUGAUGGGCCCCUAUGUGAGGAAGGUCCUGUGUGAUGAACUGGGGGCACCAGCCAAUUCUGCUAUCAACUGUGUUCCACUGGAAGACUUCGGGGGGCAGCAUCCUGACCCCAACCUGACAUAUGCAACAACCCUCCUGGAAGCCAUGAAAGGAGGCGAGUAUGGAUUUGGAGCCGCGUUUGAUGCUGAUGGGGACCGGUACAUGAUCCUCGGCCAAAAUGGCUUCUUUGUGAGCCCAUCCGACUCCCUGGCCAUUAUUGCUGCCAACCUCUCUUGCAUUCCGUAUUUCCGUCAGAUGGGUGUCCGCGGAUUUGGGAGGAGCAUGCCAACCAGUACCGCCCUGGACAGGGUGGCCAAAUCCAUGAAGGUCCCUGUGUAUGAGACCCCAGCUGGAUGGAGAUUCUUCUCAAAUCUGAUGGACUCGGGACGGUGCUCGCUGUGUGGUGAAGAGAGCUUUGGCACUGGCUCUGACCACCUCAGGGAGAAGGACGGCCUAUGGGCUGUCUUGGUUUGGCUGUCCAUCCUCGCUGCCCGGAAGCAGAGUGUGGAGGAGAUCGUCCGAGACCACUGGGCCAAAUUUGGGCGCCACUAUUACUGCAGGUUUGACUACGAAGCUCUGGACCCUAAGACCACAUAUUACAUCAUGAGGGACCUGGAGGCCUUGGUCACGGACAAGUCCUUCAUCGGACAGCAGUUCGCUGUGGGGAGCCACGUCUACAGCGUCUCCAAGACAGACAGCUUCGAAUAUGUAGACCCUGUGGAUGGCACCGUGACCAAGAAACAGGGCCUGCGGAUCAUUUUCUCGGACGCAUCGCGGCUCAUCUUCCGGCUCAGUUCGUCCAGUGGUGUGCGGGCCACGCUCCGGCUGUACGCAGAGAGCUACGAGCGAGAUCCCAGCGGUCACGACCAGGAGCCGCAGGCGGUGCUGAGCCCUCUCAUAGCUAUCGCUCUGAAGAUAUCCCAGAUCCACGAACGAACUGGCCGGAGGGGCCCCACAGUCAUCACCUGA